AUGUCGGUCUCUCCUUUCUUGGUUAGUGCGCCUGGUAAGGUAAUCAUAUAUGGAGAACACUCAGCAGUUUAUGGUAAACCAGCUAUUGCCGCGGCACUUAGUUUGAGAGCAUAUUUGUUAGUUACACCAUGCGAAGAUGUGAACGAUAUAAGAUUGGAUUUUCCAGAUAUUGGGUUAUCGCAUUCUUGGAAUAAAGAAAACAUACCCUGGGAAGAUAUCAGAAAAUUCGUUACGUUUAAAGAUGAAAAGCCUGUUGUUACGGAGGAAUUAGUACCAGAAAUCGUUGAUUUAUUGAGCACGGUUUUGGCUGAUGUUGAAUCUAAAUUGCAUUAUACCGCUUGUCUUUGCUUCCUCUACUUGUAUGCAAAUUUAUCUAACAAGGACGUUCCAGGUAUGAGGUUUAUUGUCAAAUCGACAUUACCCAUUGGAGCAGGGUUAGGAUCUUCAGCCUGUACAGCCGUAUGCCUCGCUAGCGCAUUGGCUCGUCUUGGUAAACAUGUUUCAGCGGCAUGCCAUACUUCUACUGAGAAAGUUUAUAAGAAAGAAAAUUCUGAUCUAGACUUCAUUGAUAGCUGGUCUUUAAUGGGUGAAAAAUGCUUUCACGGUAAUCCUUCGGGAAUUGAUAACGCUGUGGCUACGUACGGUGGUGCUGUCAUGUUUCAAAGGACAACGAUACCAUCCAAACCAUCUGUCCGUACUACUAUGAGAAAUUUUCCACCUAUCAAAUUGAUACUUAUAAAUACCAAAGUGCCAAGAAGCACAGCUGCAUUAGUGGGUAAUGUUGCUCAAGUAAAUAGGACCUAUCCUAAAUGCGCAGGCUCGAUUUUAGAUGCAAUGGAGCAUUUAGUAUUUGAGGCAUAUCAAAUAAUGAUCAGACCAUCUUUUGGUAAAGAAGAGAAAGAUCAAUUACGUGAAUUAGUCAAUAUUAAUCAUGGAUUAUUGGUUGCUUUGGGUGUUUCCCACCCUGCCUUGGAAAAAAUCAAAAUUAUCGGAGAUACCCAUGGUAUAGGUUCUACUAAAUUAACUGGCGCUGGAGGUGGUGGCUGUGCUAUUAGUUUGGUUCAUGAUGACGUAGAGGAAGAAGUGAUUCAAAAGGCAAUCAAAGAAUUUGAAAACGAAGGAUAUGAAACUUUCGAAACUUCGUUAGGCGGUAAAGGAGUAGGAUCAUUAUCAUUAGAGGAUGUUGACAAAGACAAAAGGGAUACUGUAUUUUCAGCCGAAGUCUUUUCUAGUUACAAGGAUAGAGACGAAGUUGAAAAGGCAUUAAAAUCCGACAUAUACGAAUCUUGGAGGUUUUGGUAG